UCUGCAGUCUGCCGUAGAGCAGAACAGUUCAUUGUGUCGGACCAGAAUGGCGGCGAUCUGGAGGAGAUCCCUGUAUCUCAAUUUCCUCAGAAAUUCCUCCCGGUACCUGUCCUGGAUAAAACCUGCUGUCCGGAAGUCCCCCAGAUGGACAAGUGUCCUGUCUUCUCUCGCCGUCGGCGGAAGUCUGUGCGCUGUACCUUUUAAACAGGUUGAAAACCUCUCUCAUGACUCCCUGGUGAGACGAGCAGCCUCUCUGGUGACAGACAGUUCAAGCACUUUUCUCUCUCAGGCAACUCUGGCUCUGACUGACGCCCUCACAGAGUAUGCAAAGGCAGUGCACACACUCAUCGCCCUGCAAAGGCAAUAUUUAGCUUCCCUGGGGAAACUGAGUCCAACAGAAGAAGAUACGAUCUGGCAGGUGAUCAUUAGCCAGCGUGCAGAGGUUGCCCACAAACAAGAGGAACAGAAGCGCUUCGAACUGAUCUGGGCCACCGCCGUCAGGCUGUGUGAGGCGGCGGCCGAGGCUGCGUACACAUCAGGAGCUGAGAUCGCGUCCAUCACGGUCAGGACGAACAUCCAGCUGGCCCAAUCCCAUGUAGAGGAGGCCCAGAAAGUCUCACUGGACGCAGAAAAGAAGCUGGCAGAGACUAAAGUCAUGGAAGUCGAGAGGAUGACGCAAUACGCCGCCAUCGUUGAGGGGAGCAACGACGAAGAGGAGACACCCGAGGCCUACCUGAGAGAGGACUGAGACGCACAAUCAGCACAUCAUUUUACCAAAUCUGUACAGAGUUCUGUCUUUUAUUUCUGUCACAUGACAGACUUUUUGAUGAAAGUUAAUUGUUUGUAACCAAAAUUAAAAGAAAGCAUGACAUUAUUGUUUUCUUUUCUUUUUAGAAUGGAUAAGAAUUGUUCAAUGCACUACAGAAGGAGAGUCUGACCAGUCAUUUCAGUUUAAUUUCAUGUGAAAAUAUCUGGGUACACUUGAAAUAAGACUAAACUAAUUUGCAAGUUUUGCCAAUCAAUAUUUCAAUAGUUCUCCACUUCCAAUAUUGCAGUGUAAUCCAAAGUGUUGUGUUAAACAUUUGGUUUUUUUGAUGCGAUUGAUUUGAUAACUGUCAGAUUGCAAACUGCAUUAAUGAACCCUGGUCUCUUUUAAGUUGAUGUACCAACAGGUUUCUGUGUCAAUAUAUAGUUUGGGUUAUUUUAAUAAACAUAAGAUGCAACUAAA